UAAAAGUUGGGGCAGGCCCGAGAACUAUCCGAUAGACCCUCUUAUUUUUGGAUCUGGUGGCCUCACUCUCUCCAUCCGAGUCGCCUACACCAUCCAGUGUUAGGUUAUCUACUUCUUUAUCCUAAUCCUGCAACGGUAAAGUAUCAGGACAAUCGUCACCGAAUCGUCACAGCAGUGGACAGUGUGGAGGCAGCAGCUGUGGUGGUGGUGGUGGUGGUGUUUUUGCAGAUCAGUGGUGGUUGGUGUUAAUAGGAUUUUGAAUAUGAGUUCAGAAGGCAGGAGCCGAAGCAGGAGGAGCAGUAGCAGAAGCCCGUUGGAUCGCAAGAUUCGUACACAACGCUAUUCCUAUCGGGAUGCACCAUACAGGAGGGAUUUGCGUCGGGGUUUCAGCGAGAACAUCCUGUGUAAGAACUGUAGGCGGCCAGGUCAUUAUGCUAGAGAAUGUCCUAACGUGGCACUUUGUCACAACUGCGGUCUCCCUGGGCAUAUUGCUUCAGAAUGCACCACAAAAUCACUGUGUUGGAACUGUCGAGAACCGGGCCACAUGGCUGGUAACUGCCCAAACGAGGGCAUUUGCCACACCUGUGGUAAGGCAGGACACCGUGCUAGAGAAUGCCCUGCUCCCCCACUGCCACCUGGUGACCUAAGGCUGUGCAAUAACUGCUACAAGCAAGGCCAUUUUGCUGCAGACUGCACAAAUGACAAGGCAUGCAAGAACUGCAGGAAGACUGGUCACCUGGCACGUGAUUGUCAGAAUGAUCCCGUCUGCAACUUGUGUAAUAUAUCUGGUCACGUGUCCAGAGAAUGCCCGAAGGGCAACAUUUUUGAUGAGCGCGGAGGUGGUGGUCGUUUUGGUGGCGGUGGUUAUCGGGACAUUGUAUGUCGGAACUGCCAGCAGGUGGGCCAUAUGAGCCGAGAUUGCAUGGCCUUGAUGAUUUGUCAGAACUGUGGGGGAAGAGGACACGUGGCAUAUGAGUGUCCAUCUGGAAGGUUUAUGGACCGCUUUCCGAGGAGAUACUGAUGGAUGAAACUGUUGGCCAAUAAUAGCUUGACUGGUAAUAUUGUCUUGUACUAUGUUUUUUGUCUAAAUUGAGAUUGUUGACUCGGCUUUUAGGGGUGAUUAAGGUUAAUAUUGAGUUCUUGUUUGGUCAACUCUUAUUAAUACACUGUAUGAGGAUUGGAGCAUUCACUAGUUUAGAAGUUGGUAUGAUAUGGUUGUGCUUCUUGUAGGGUAUGAUUGAAAUGUUG